AUGGCUUCCGGGCCUGGAUUGGACGAUGACGGGGAGCCUAUAAUUCGGACCACUCACGAUAUUGACGCCCUUGUCGGAAACUCUACUAGGAGAAUUGCAGAGAUGCUUUGGAACGAAGGACUGAACAAGACUGGGAAAGCCGUGACGACUACUGUCCCUCUUGAUGCUCAAGGUGGCCCGGAUUUCGCAAAGGUCGAUGAUAUCAUUAGCAUCAUCAGGAACGCUGCAGCACCUGCCUUGAUGGCUACCAAGAACAACCUCGUCGGAUCACUCGAACCGGAAACCAUCUAUACUCUGGCCAAGCGCGAAUCGGGAGGCCUCAUAGGUCGAAACGCUCGUGUUCAACCGGGAGAUCCUCUCUAUGAGCGGGAAAUUCAUUCUUCGGAGAUUAUCAACAAUGCCAAGUUCUUGACCUACUUUGGUCAGUGA